GAAAAAGAACACAAGAUCGGAUUACAAGAUGGCGGUCUGUGGACGUUAGCAAGAAGGCCGUUAGAGUUGUUGUGUUCUCUGUGAAUUUUACUGUUAAAAAAAUAGGCCUCCUGUUAAGUUGUUUCACACCGUGAACGUAAUAUGUUUAUGUAAUAACGAGUGAUACAUUUCACUCCUGUUGUGAAAUUCACCUAGACGUGCAUGUUGUGUAACAUGCGGGUGGAAACAAAGUUAACAGGUCGAGGGUAAAGAACACCAGACGGGGUGAGGUGAUAGCUUGUUAGCAUCCUGCUAGCCUGCUAGCUCCGACUCGGUACACCAUGUCGGACACUCGGCGGCGAGUGAAAGUAUAUACGCUAAAUGAAGACCGGCAGUGGGAUGAUCGGGGCACCGGACACGUUUCUUCUACGUUUGUUGAACGGCUAAAGGGAAUAUCAUUAUUAGUUCGGGCCGAAUCAGACGGAUCUCUACUAUUGGAGUCGAAGAUAAGCCCGAAUACUGCAUAUCAGAAACAACAGGACACACUGAUUGUCUGGUCGGAAGCAGACAAUUAUGACCUUGCCCUUAGUUUCCAGGAAAAGGCAGGCUGCGAUGAGAUAUGGGAGAAGAUCUGCCAGGUUCAAGGCAAGGACCCUGCCCUGGACAUUACCCAGGAUCCCAUUGACGAGUCGGAGGAGGAACGCUUUGAGGAGAUUCCAGAGACGAGCCACCUGGUGGAGCUCCCUUCUUGUGAGUUAAGCCGGCUAGAGGAGAUCGCUGACCUGGUAACAUCGGUCCUCUCUUCGCCCAUCAGGAGGGAAAAACUGGCCCUGGCCCUGAUGAGCGAGGGUUACAUCAAGAAACUCCUGGGUCUCUUCAGAGUAUGUGAGGAUCUGGACAACAGGGAAGGCCUACAUCAUCUCUAUGAGAUUGUUCGGGGUGUGUUGUUCCUCAAUAAAGCGGCCCUAUUCGAGGUGAUGUUCUCUGAUGACUGUAUCAUGGAUGUGGUAGGAUGCCUUGAGUAUGACCCGGCGCUGGUUCAGCCUAAACGGCACCGGGAAUUCUUGACCAAGACGGCAAAGUUUAAGGAGGUGAUCCCGAUCACGGACUCUGAGCUGCGGCAGAAGAUUCAUCAGACCUACCGGGUGCAGUACAUCCAGGACAUCAUCCUGCCCACGCCUUCUGUUUUUGAGGAGAACUUCCUGUCCACACUCACCUCCUUUAUCUUCUUCAACAAGGUGGAGAUUGUCAGUAUGUUGCAGGAGGACGAGAAGUUCCUUACGGAGGUGUUUGCACAGCUCACAGAUGAAUCCACAGAGGACAGUAAAAGGAGAGAGCUUGUGAACUUUGUCAAGGAAUUCUGCGCUUUUUCACAGACGUUACAGCCACAAAACAGAGAUGCUUUCUUCAAAACUCUGGCCAAUCUUGGCAUUUUACCUGCUCUUGAAAUAGUCAUGGGAAUGGAUGAUCUGCAGGUGAGGGCAGCAGCUACAGACAUCUUCUCUUACCUGGUGGAAUUCAGCCCCUCCAUGGUCAGGGAGUUUGUCAUGCAGGAGCCUCAGCAGACGGACGACGAUGUCCUGCUGAUAAAUGUCGUGAUCAAGCAGAUGAUUUGUGACUCCGACCCAGAGUUGGGGGGGGCUGUCCAGCUCAUGGGUCUGCUCAGGACGCUCAUCGACCCCGAGAACAUGCUAGCUUCCACCAAUAAAACUGAGAAGACAGAGUUUCUGAGUUUCUUCUACAAGUACUGCAUGCACGUCCUCACCGCUCCUCUGCUGGCCAACACGGCACAUGACAAAAUCUCUAAAGAUCUGCAGGAGGGAUCAGCUAAGAUCAACCCGGUCUGUCCAGACAACUUCCAGACGGCUCAGCUGCUGGCACUGAUCCUUGAGCUGCUGACCUUCUGUGUGGAGCACCACACCUACCACAUCAAGACCUACAUCAUGAACAAAGACCUGCUCAGGAGAGUGCUGGUGCUAAUGAACUCGAAACACACCUUCCUUGCUCUUUGUGCCCUGCGUUUCAUGCGCAGGAUCAUUGGCCUGAAGGAUGAGUACUACAACCGCUACAUCAUCAAAGGGAACCUGUUUGAGCCCGUCAUUAAUGCCCUGCUGGACAACGGCACCCGAUACAACCUCCUCAACUCCGCCAUCAUAGAGCUCUUUGAGUUCAUUAAAGUGGAGGACGUCAAGUCUCUCAUUGCUCACAUUGUGGAUAACUUCUACAAAGCACUUGAAUCCAUCGAGUACGUCCAGACUUUCAAGGGCCUGAAGGGCCGAUACGAGCAGGAGAAAGACCGCCAGAGUCAGAGACUCAACAGAUAUCGCAGAGAUGCAAGGUCAUUGGACGAAGACGAGGAGUUGUUGUUCAAUGACGACGAUGACGAUGAUGAAGGCGAGGCUGUGGAGAAGAGCCGGAUGGAGGACGACUUCGCCGACAGCUACGGAAAGUACAUGGAAGCCAAAAAAGGAGCUGCCAACGGAGCUAAUGGUGCCAACAACAACGGGAAAGCUGCUGUAAUCCCCCCUGCCUCACAGGCCGUCACUCCAAACAACAGUUCAGCUUCCUCCGUCAAAACCGUUGCUCUUCCUGCCACCCCAGUAGUGAAGACUGCUAUGGUUGGUUUGGUGGACUAUCCUGAUGAUGAGGAUGAAGAGGAAGAAGAGGAAGAGGAGGAGGAAGAGCAGUCUCCAAGAAAGCGGCCCCGCCUGAGCUCUUAAGGAUAACUGUUCUCUGUUUGGUCGUAGCGGGAUGGACACCGAGUCCCUCCCCUCCUCCCUCCUCUGGUCGUCUCAUUGGUCCUUGGCCUGCCUGUGCCACCUGUCCGUCUCGCUGAGGAGACGGGCAAAGACGAGCUACCACCUCACCCUGUCCUUCCUCAUCUCUGCUCCUCUUCUGUCCCUCGGUGGAAGGGGAUGGAGAAAGACAAAUCAGUUUUACCUCUUCCUUUUACUCCUGUAGAAGAUCCCCAAAUCUCCUUUCUUCCUCCUGAGGAGAAACUCCAUUGCAAACUCAUCCCUCCCUCUGUGACACCCCUCUCUCCUGCUCCCCCUGUCCUGACUUCCUCCUGAACACCUUUUCCCCUCCUCAUCCUCCAUCCAAACAUACCGACCAGAGCGGCUGCGGUGGACGUAUCGAUGCCAAGGCGGUUUCCAACUCUGCUCUGUUGCUAUAGCAACAGUAGAGCGGAAACUGCUAUACUACCCCCCCACAGGAGCCCUCGCGUGUCCUCAAUCUGAACUCUCCCCUUCCAUCCUCAAACUCCAAAACCAAUGAGCUCCAGAGACAGAGGAUGCCAGCGUAUGAGCGGUUCAGGAGCCGGUCAGGCUAGCAGGACUAGCCGUUACAGAGAUAGAGCUUGACUGGCUGAGGCCGUGUGCGGCCCUGCCACAGAACUGUUCAAUUCGGUCGGGAUAAAAUGGUCUCUAAAGAAGGAAAAUAAUGUGUGGAGAGACGAGGGGGGGUCACACAUGACAAAAUGUACUGGGGUGAAAACUCAGCCGUAAUGAGGCUUAGAUCCAGAGGAGCAGGACUCAAACCUACAAAAGCCAUGGCGUCAGUUCGGCCAAGGCACACACACAACACACACACAACGACGUCUCACACACAGGACUGCGUUAGCCAGAAAUCCUGUAUUUCAUGACUUUGUUAAAAAGUACUGUACAGAUGAUUUUUUUUCUUUUUAAUCAUUUUCCCCUGAUCUAAUUUUCAAAGGGGAGAGAGAUACCUGCCGACCUGUGUAUUUUGUUUGUUGUUGCACAAAAGGUGGGGUCACUGUUCACCCUUUUAAGUCCAGUUCAUUUGAUUCAAUGUAAAAUGCAGAGAAGUUGAAAAUGCUGGUUUUACAAAAACGUAUUAAAACUGCAGUAAAGUCGUUUUUGCAGCCAACAAUUUGAGGAUGUCUGGAGUUUUGUAUUUUAGUGGAUUUAACAAUUUUAGUGGCCUCAUUAUGAUGCUCACCGAGCCCAGAUUUGUUUUAAUUGGGUGACAAACCUGAGCUGUCGGUGUGCUUAGAGUAGAUUUAGUGCACACUCUUGUAUCAGGAGGUUCAAGACUUGGCACCCCUCUCUCAGACAGAUCUCAGGUUCAGAUUUAACUUGCAUCAGACACGAACAGCUCCCCUGCUCCGUGCGCUGCGACUCUGCUGGCUGCUGAAACAUCUUGCAAUUAUAACUGAACGAAGAAAGAUUCUCAUGAGCUACAAGGGGCUUUCAUUCCAGGUUUCCAGAAUGUGACCCUCAAACAACUCUGCACAUCCAAAUUAAAUUGAAGGAAAACAUUUCUAUAGUUCCAACUCUGAUCGGAUGAGUUUUAUUAGUUAUGAUGACGAUUAACCCAAUAGCUGAUGUGCAGUUUUAGAGUCAAACAGUGUCUUAAGUGGAGUGUUGCGGACACAACACACAGAUGUUGGAACAUUUUAUUGUCUGGUUUAAACAUUUCCCCCUGGUUUCACCACAAACAUGCUGAGAAGCAGAUGAAGGUUAUCGAGAUUAGCUACAAACGCCAGAUCACACAAACCUACAGCUUCUGAGUUACGAGCAGCCGGGUAGGAGCACAAAGUGAAAUUAUUAUUGCCAACGUGCUUUCCAGGAGUUCAGCCGUACCUGAGCAGUGACGUCCCUCCUCCCGCCUGUCAGCGUCUCCCAACAAUAUGACUAUUUUUGCUGCCCCCACCCCCCCCCUGAUGAAUUUGUACCAAGUGCAUUUACUACCACUAUCCAUUCUUAACAUUUGUAUGACUUCAUUUGAUAAGUUUUGAAAUUAAAUGUGACCCUGACAUUGA